GGGGCGGGCGGCCCCCGAGCUCGGCGAGGGUAGCGGCGGAGACAAGGCGGCCGCGACGGGGAGACGCCGCGCGAGGAAGUGGAUCGGGCGGGUACGCCGGGUGUGCGCACCUGCCCGCUGGGCAGCGGUAGAGACGGGGUUUCUCCAUGUUGGCCAGCUGGUCUCGAACUCCUGACCUCAAGUGAUCUGCCUGCCUUGGCCUCCCAAUGUCCUGAGAUUACAGAUGUGAGCCACUGUGCCCGGCCUGACUUGUAUUUUUAAAGCUCUUCAAGAUCUUCUGAACGUGUCCCUGCUCUGUGAGCCCACAGUGAUCUGUUUGUUUUGCCUGGUCCCAGCUUAUGCAUUCUUCGAGUCUUGGUAACCAGGAUGUUUUGUCUGUUCAGGCUCUAAAACGAUCAGUGGGAUAGGAACCGAAGUUAAGUAGCUCAGGAUGCGUCAAGAUGAACCUGGGAAAACCGCGAGCUGCUGUGCUGACUGGACUGCUUCUCUGAAUCAGCUGGAACUUCUUUUUGUGUCUAGUUUUAAAAGCUCCUCAGAAGCAACCCUAAAUCCAGAAUCGUUUCAAUUACUGUGAGGGGAAUUCUGAAGUUCUCAUUAAACACACGAAUGUCUCAAGCUUUGAAAAGAGCCAGAUGCCAAAGGCAAGAAUCCCAGGGCAUUGCCCACCUGGGUGUGAUCCCCUGAUAAUUGUCUAACAAAUUCAGCAUGUGUCCCCUGGGCAUGACCAUCUGCUGGGAAAAGUUCCAGGACCCUGAGACAUCUUGGGAUUCCUGUGGUUUAGGAAAGACCUUUAACUACCAGCUGGUAGUUGUCUCAGCAUUCUUCAGAUAGUCCGGUCUUGUUUAAUAUUAUUAUUAUUAUUAUUUAAUUUUAUUUUAUUGCAGCUGUACUUAGAGAAUAGUCUGGUCUUGAGACCUUUUCACUGUGGUCUGUUCUGGUGUACGGCUCCCACCAGUGCGAAGCAGAAGGAUGACUUUGCUCUGUUGUCAGGACAACCUUGAAGGAAGGAGCCAAAUGUGUGGAGGUCUGUGGGAAGAGAGAGCCACCUAGCAUGUCCCCACUGAACCAGUCAGCAGAAGGCCUUCCCCAGGAGGCCUCCAACAGAUCCCUGAAUGCCACAGAAACCUCAGAGGCUUGGGAUCCCAGGACCCUCCAGGCGCUCAAGAUCUCCCUUGCCGUGGUCCUUUCCAUCAUCACACUGGCCACAGUCCUCUCCAAUGCCUUUGUACUCACCACCAUCUUACUCACCAGGAAGCUCCACACCCCUGCCAACUACCUGAUUGGCUCCCUGGCCACCACCGACCUCUUGGUUUCCAUCUUGGUCAUGCCCAUCAGCAUCGCCUAUACCAUCACCCACACCUGGAACUUUGGCCAAAUCUUGUGUGACAUCUGGCUGUCUUCUGACAUCACGUGCUGCACAGCCUCCAUCCUGCAUCUCUGUGUCAUUGCUCUGGACAGGUACUGGGCAAUCACAGAUGCCCUGGAAUACAGUAAACGCAGGACGGCUGGCCACGCGGCCACCAUGAUUGCCAUUGUCUGGGCCAUCUCCAUCUGCAUCUCCAUCCCUCCGCUCUUCUGGCGGCAGGCCAAGGCCCAGGAGGAGAUGUCGGACUGUCUGGUGAACACCUCUCAGAUCUCCUACACCAUCUACUCCACCUGUGGGGCCUUCUACAUUCCCUCGGUGUUGCUCAUCAUCCUAUAUGGCCGGAUCUACCGGGCUGCCCGGAACCGCAUCCUGAAUCCACCCUCACUCUAUGGGAAGCGCUUCACCACGGCCCACCUCAUCACAGGCUCUGCGGGGUCCUCGCUCUGCUCGCUCAACUCCAGCCUCCAUGAGGGGCACUCGCACUCGGCUGGCUCCCCUCUCUUUUUCAACCACGUGAAAAUCAAGCUUGCUGACAGUGCCCUGGAACGCAAGAGGAUUUCUGCUGCUCGAGAAAGGAAAGCCACUAAAACCCUGGGCAUCAUUCUGGGGGCCUUUAUCAUCUGCUGGCUGCCCUUCUUCGUGGUGUCUCUGGUCCUCCCCAUCUGCCGGGACUCCUGCUGGAUCCACCCGGCGCUCUUUGACUUCUUCACCUGGCUAGGCUAUUUAAACUCCCUCAUCAAUCCAAUAAUCUACACUGUGUUUAAUGAAGAGUUUCGGCAAGCUUUUCAGAAAAUUGUCCCUUUCCGGAAGGCCUCCUAGUCUUAUUCGGUGAUGACUCUUGUUAUCUUUUGUGUCCUGUAACCUCAUCGGGAUUGUCUUUUUUUUUUUAAAUUAUUUUCUGAGACUUGGAUUAAUUCAUGAUAUCUUGAGUCUUGGUUCAAUCAACAGAAUUGUUCUUUUUCCUGUUGUUUUCUUAACUUCUGAAAGAGCUGUAGGUGGUGGGGGGCGGGGGGCAGGACUGAAGAUUUCACUACUUAGCAUAAUAUUUUCUUUCUUUUUUUUUUUUUGAGACAGAGUCUUGCCCUCUCACCAGGCUGGAGUGUAGUGGCACAAUCUCAGCUCACUGCAACCUCCGCGUCCCGGGUUCAAGAGAUUCUGCCUCAGCCUCCAGAGUAGCUGGGACUACAAACGUGUGUCACCAGGCCCAGCUAAUUUUUGUAUUUUUAAUAAAGACGGGGUUUCAUCAUGUUGGCCAGGGUGGUCUCGAUCUCUUGACCUCGUGAUCUGCCCGCCUUGGCAUCCCAAAGUGCUGGGAUUACAGGCAUGAGCCACUGUGCCUGGCCAACAUAAUGUUUUCACAGUUCCUCUUUGUUGGAAGAAGUGUGUGACCUACGAGAUUCCUGGUUGAUACAGUUCAGGUGAGAAACUGAUUAUAGAAAAGACCCCAGACUCAAAGGGAAGGCUCUCUGGUCUACCUGAGAUCUAUACGGAGCUUAAAGGAGGGUGGAUAAGAUUAAUGACCUGAAUUGAAAGAGAAUUUGGAGCCAGGAUGGGUCUCCAUUCUGUGUGGCACCUUGAUUGGAAAAUAAUAUCCAUGCGUUUCUUCCACUGAGUCUUUCUUAGAUUAAAUCUCUCCCAGUUGUCCGUGAAGAGAAAGUCAGUAUUUGCAGUGCCGAUGAUAUAGAGUGACUUGGAGAGAGAUUCAGAAGUUAGGGGUAGCGGGGGUAGGAUGGUUGGGACCAGAUUGACUACCCUGUACCCUUCCUUCUUCCCCAAUAUGCCUGCGCCAUCUUCACAUUCUGAAGUUGAAACCCAUGAUCACCCCUUUGAGGUAGAUUGACCGGCUUUAGACGCCCACCCCCCACCCCCCGCAAGCUUUGAGUGGGACACCAUUCUGAAUUUUUUUUCUGAAUUUUUUUUUAACAUCUCUUUCUCAUUAGAGAUCUGAAAACUCAUUAGAGAUGUUGAGUCUUAUCAAAUAAAAAGCAUGAGACAUCAUGGCCA